CCUCCCAGAUGCACAGGCGGCGCCUUUGACCGGCUGCACAUUGCUCAGUGUCCGGUGCUCUGCUCCUGCAGCCUCCCCGGCCUCGGAAGCCUUUGCAGCCUCUGCAGUCUCUGCAGCCUCUGCAGCCUCCGCAGCUCCCCACGCCAUGCAGCCGGCGCGCCCCGCGCUCUGGGCUGCGGCCCUGGCGGCGCUGGCGCUGCUCAGCGGGCCCCUAGGCGCGGGCGCGGGCGCGGCAGGCGCGGGCCCCGUGGUGCGCUGCGAGCCCUGCGACGCGCCCGCCCUGGCCCAGUGCGCGCCGCCGCCGCCCGCGUCAGUCUGCGCCGAGCUGGUGCGCGAGCCGGGCUGCGGCUGCUGCCUGACUUGCGCGCUGCGCGAGGGCCAGGCGUGCGGCGUGUACACCGAGCGCUGUGGCUCGGGCCUGAGCUGCCAGCCACCCGCCGGCGUGGAGCGCCCCCUGCAGGCGCUGCUGGACGGACGCGGGGUCUGCACCAACGCCAGCGCCGCAGAGCGCAUGCGCGCCUACCUGCCCCCGGCGCCAGGGAAUGACAGCGAGUCUGAGGAGGUCCGAGGAGAUGGGAGUGUGGAGAACCAAGUGACAGCUGUCACUCACCAAGCACCCGACUCCAAGCUGCCCCCCCUGCACACUAAGGCAGCCGCCAUCAAGAAAGGACACGCCAAGGACACCCAGCGCUACAAGGUCGACUAUGAGACUCAGAACACAGACACGCAGAACUUCUCCUGGGAGUCCAAGCGGGAGACAGAAUACGGCCCCUGCCGCCGGGAGAUGGAAGACAUACUCAACUACUUCAAGUUCGAGAAUAUACUCAGCCUCAGGACCGUCCACAUCCCCAACUGUGACAAGAAGGGCUUCUACAAGAAGAAGCAGUGCCGGCCCUCCAAAGGCAGGAAGCGGGGUGUCUGCUGGUGCGUAGACAAGUACGGGCAGCCUCUGCCGGGCUAUGACACCAAGGGCAAGGGCGACGUGCAGUGCUACCACACGGAGAGCAAGUAGCUGCCACCAUGCCAGUCAGCGUGGAGCUCAACUCAGCCUUAUUUUUGCACAAGCAACUGCCAAGGGCCUGACCAGCAGCUGGCUACAGCCUCCAUUGAUUUCUCUUUCUUUCUGUGAUGAAUUGAUUCCUUUUUUAAACCAAAGUUUCAAAAGAGACAUUUGACGUGCCCAGGGCUCUCCCUUAUGGUGAACUUGGCAUCUUCCUGUCUUUCCAGUCCUCAGUGAAACACAGUUUGAUUUUUUUUCCUUGUUGCUUUCUGGAAACGGACUUGUCAACUCAAGGACAGGUGACCGGACCUCACUCCCUCCACCCUGGAACCCUCCUUAAGGCUCAUUGGGCACCUGGCCCAUCCUUCCUGCCUACAACUGUGUCCUGCAGCCUCCUCCUAAUCUGAACAAAGAGCCCAGGCCUCUUCUAGACAGGAGUCCCUUGCUCUGACAUCCACCUUCCAAGCCCCAGCCUGAAGCCUCCACCCUUAAAGCAAGGGCUUGAGGGCCUCAACCAAGAACUAAGAAGGCACCUUCUACCUUCAAGUGACCUGUACUACCUGGCUGAAAGAUAUGGUGGAGUCUUGUUAAAAAAAAAAGAAAGAAAGAAAGAAAGAAAGAAAGAAAGAAAGAAAGAAAGAAAGAAAGACCAAGAAUAUGUCUGAAAACACAGCCAGUUAGAGUCCUAUGGAGCUCUCCCCCUGGGACAGAGGAGUCAGGGGAAGCAGGGUCACUGGAGUGGGAGAGAUAGCUGGAGCCAGCCCUCCCCUUUCAGAAGCAUUACACAUCACAGCAUGAUUCUUGGGUUACCUGCAGACAACUGUUUCCAGCUCAAUGGUUUAAGCCAGAGCCAGAAUUUCCUGUAAACGGGGUGGGGAUAAGGGGUUUAGUUUUCUCUCUCCCCUUUCUUGCUCAUUGGCACAAUGUAAAAAAGAAAAAUCGUCAUUAUCAUAAUUUUAUCUCACCAGGAAAAGUUGAAUGGCUUGCUGGGAAACCUGGGGAGGGUCACUGUUCCUGGAUUCAGUGGUUCCCCUGCUUUUUUUUUUUUUUUGUAACACACACACACACACACACACAGGACAGGUUCUCUGUGAACUGUUCACAUUGUAUUCUUCAUAGUUCAUGUAUGAUAGGACCUAUCUAGAGUAGCUCAUCCUAGAGGAACUAGUAGUGGUUACCAGAGAAUGUAAAUAUGGCUGUGACUGAGGAGAGGGACUCACAUAUACAUGGUAGCUGCCCAGUCUGGCUGACCAGUUGGGGGAGCCCCCCAGGACCACCCCACCUCCACCAACACGCUGCACACCUCUCUCCUUGAGAACACAAAGGGGUCUCAAAACAUUCUGCCUACCUAUUACCUUCUCUGUAUUUUUUUUUAAGUUUUUGGAGAAAAAAAUAAGGUAUUUUUUGAAAAGUUUGUUUUUGCCAUGUAUUUAUAAAUAGAAAAUAAAGUUUUUACCAGAAAGAAA